AUGACUCCCAGCAAGUUGUUGUUCAGAUCCGGGCCGGAUCAACCUGCAACACGCCGAGGUAUACUGUCUACGGUUGCCUCCUUGUAUGACCCCCUAGGGUUUGUCGCCCCAUUCUUGCUCAUCGGAAAGGGAGUACUGCAGGAAAUGUGCAGACAUGGAACGGGUUGGGAUGAUCCUCUGACUGACGAACUUCGCCCAUGGUGGGAGAGAUGGAAAAAUGACCUUACCAACAUGGAGAAGAUAGACAUUCCCCGGAGCUAUGCACCUGCAAACUUUGGGAGGGUCACCAGACAGGAGUUACACCACUUCUCCGAUGCAAGCACGACUGGCUACGGACAGUGUUCAUAUCUGAGACUCAGAAAUGAAGAAGGAGACGUUCACUGCGCCCUAGUCACGGCAAAAUCACGAGUUGCUCCCACAAAGGUCACCACAAUCCCAAGACUAGAGCUAACAGCUGCAGUCGUCUCAGUGAAAACCAGCAAUGUGCUGAAAGAAGAACUUGGAUACGCUGAUGCCGAGGAGUACUUCUGGACCGAUUCUAAAGUCGUUCUAGGAUACAUUAACAACGAGGCUCGACAAUUCCACACGUUUGUGGCCAACCGCAUCCAGAAGAUACACCUCAGCACAACUCCCCAGCAAUGGAGAUACGUCCCCACUCACCAGAAUCCGGCGGAUCACGCCUCCAGAGGCCUAACUAUCGGUGAACUGAUAUCAUCGGACUGGUUCACAGGACCUGUGUUUUUAUGGGAAAAGGAAAUUGGCCUCUCGGAAGAGGUGAUCCCAGAACUGCCAUUAGGAGACCCGGAAGUGAAAGGAGCUCAGACACUGAGCACAGAAACUACAGAACAAGACUCCCUGGCAGAUCGGCUGUCAGGGCUCUCAUCCUGGUCUCGAGCUGUUCGAGCAGUGGCGCGUAUCCUUCGACGAAUCGGCAAUGAUAAAUCCAAUGGACUCUCCACAGUGAUGAUGAAAGAAGAUGAUCUGCCUAGAAAUGAAUGGAAGUUGGGGUAUACGGUGGGUCUGAACCUCUGA